UAUAUAUAUAUAUAUAUACAUACAACAAUAUAUACAUGAAUACAUUUACAUACGCACAAGUAAAUUCUAACUUUGUAGCAAGUCUGUAGGCGGUCGCUUGACCCGUUAUUACUAUAUCAAUAAAAUCUCCUUCAAAUCACAGCCGACCUUAUUAAAAGAAAAUGGAAUGGUUCAUUGCAUAAUGUAGUCCAAGUUACCGUUAGCAAGGCAGAUGACCAUCGCCGGAAUGUGUUUGAACUGAAAUAACUUUGAUCAAAGGUCUUCUCGAUCAGGGCUGAACAACAACAUUGAUAACAGUAUUAGUCAACAUCAUUAUUAUCGACAAAAGCAGCAGCAGCAGCAGCAACAACAACAACAACAACUAAGAAAACCAUAAACAAGGCAGGUCAUCAUCCUUGUCAUCAACAACAACGACAAUAGCAACAACAACUACAACAACAAUAAUAAUAAUAAUCUUACCGUCGUCCUCACUCGCUCUAUUUUCUUUGAUGACUGUCUAAGCGAUCAUUAUGAACUUCCCGUUGCUUUUUGUUUUGUCAUUGGCAAUCCUUUCUGCUUCUGCCGUCCUCUCUAGCAUACGCACUACACCAAACGAAUGCAAUAAAUGUAGAACAGCGAGUCACUGCAGUCUGCCAAACUGCUCCUGCUGCGGCCAUACAAUCCCCGGCAAAAAGUCCCAAAGACCUCAGUUGGUUUACUUCUCGUUCGACGAUGCAGUGACAGUUCGAAAUUCUCCUCUUUAUGUAGAAUUAUUCAAUAAAAGCCGCACAAAUCCAAAUAAGUGCCCAAUCGCAAUGACUUUGUUCGUGUCGCAUAACGAUACCGAUUACGGCUUGGUGAAGCAGUUCUAUGACCACGGAAUGGAUAUAGCAGUGCAUGGCAUCAAUCAUAUAAGAUCACUGAAUGCUCUUCAGUUUUCAUACGAAGCACUCGGUCAACGGUUAAACCUUGCCAAUCGAUCGAAGAUACCCAAAGAAGAAAUUGUCGGUUUCAGAAGUCCGUAUUUAAUAGCUUACGGAAACGAACAGUUUGAAAUACUGAGUAAGGCAGGUUUUGCCUAUGAUUCAACUUUGACUAUCACCAAAAGGUCACUGAUUGAAGAAUCCCCAGUUCCAUUUACAAUGGAUUAUAGUUGGCCAUAUCCUUGCAGCAUUCCCGAAUGUCCGACCGAAAAUAUUCAAGGAUUCUGGGAAGUACCUAUCGUGACAGUGCUUGACAAAUUGGCUCGUUAUCCUUGCGUCUAUGUGGACGGAUGUGCGAAUUCACCAACAAACGAAGAAGAAUCAUUCAAUUUCUUGCUGGAAAAUUUCAUGAGUUACUACACUAUGAACAAGGCACCAUUUGGCUUGAACAUGCAUUCAACAUGGUUGUUACAAGAAUAUGAGACGAACCCAUAUCGAAUGAAAGCCAUGCACCGAUUCUUAGACUAUAUCCUCGGCCUCAAUGACGUUUAUGUUGUUAACAUUAAACAGAUUGUGGAGUGGAUGAAGCACCAACCAUCGUUAAAUGAGUUGUCCAAAUUUGCUCCGUUUCAAUGUCAGAACCAAACCAACGGUUACCAAAACGGAACCACCAUUUCGCCAGAACAAACAAACAACUCCCCAAAUCAAACCACCAGUUCCAUAAACCAAUCCUCCAGUUUCCCAAACCAAACCAUAGUCUCUGUAGAAACGAUUUCGUCAACGAAACUAGUAACAACAGUCUUGAUGGAAGAAAUCACUACAAACGCGAUGAUGUCACAAAACACGGAAGAGAACAAUAACAAUGACCCGAGCGCAAAGUUAGAAUCGCUGCAAACCCAACAAGUUUCUAAUAAUUUUGUAACAGAAGGAUAUAAUUUGCAAUCAACACCAGCUCAAACCCAACCUAUCGGUAAUAGUUUCAUUUCAACAAGAGAAAUAAUUCACUCGACAUUGUCACCUUCGAAUACAACCAGUCGAAACAAAUUACAAAAUAUUUCUCAAACGACACUGACUCCACUGAAUGAGUCUGCUGUGACGUUGACAACUUCCUAUCAGACCUCUAAUUCUAUACCAACUAAUAUUCUCCAUAAACGGUCACUGAAAAGUAAUAAUUCACUUGAAAACAGACACAAAUUCGAAUUCCUUGAAGUUAUUUCUGAGGGAAGUGCAGCCGAGGAAAAUUCAGAUAUCAAGAAGCCAAGAAGCUUACCUAUUCAAAGCAAUUAUAACAUGAACAUACAAAACAUAAAUGAAAAUGACCAAAGUUAUAUUGGCACUAGUAGACAUUCACUUCAAAGUGUUUUUCAUAGAAAAUCAAACUUAUUCCGAGUGGCGGCCAGCCUGGUAAUGAAAAAUGAUAAGGAGCUAGAAAUGAUAAUUACGAAAGAUGCGUCUAACCACGAUAGCGCUGCGAUAUUAGUUGCAAAGAAUAAUUCGAUAGACAGGCAACUUCUUACAAAUAAGGAUUACCGUGAGCCGGUAAUAUUAAUUCACAACAGACAGCAGAAAUUGGACUAUGAAAACAGUUUGAAGAAGUUAAACGUUGUGAAACCGUUGACAACAAUGAGAAAUUUAUUGAAAUCUAAAAUAACCAAAAUUUGUCCAUUUGAAAAAUUAGAAAUUCCAUCAUUAGAAACAGUUAAAAUACUUUCACCGAAAAAAGAAGCUAUUUUAUCUAAAAAGGCCGAAAUUCUUCCAUUAGAAAGGGGACAAUAUUUAAAAGCAAAAUACUCUGAUUUAAGAAAAACUUUCUUGGAUUUUACUACUGGAAUAAAUAUUUACAACAGAUAUAAAAAUAAAAGUGUUGGUCAGCGAAAUAUUCUUCCAAGUAGAUAUACAAAAUCCGCUUUAUUGCCAGGCUUUGUGAAAUCUCGAGAAUUUUCGUCAGACCCACUAGAUGAACAUUUGGGACUUAGUAGUAGUAGUAGCAGCAACAGCAGUCCUUCGAAAUCAAAUGACGACAGCAAUGUACCAGUUUCGGAAUCCUGUCAACAAGGGAAGAACUGCUUUAAACCAGAUUGUCAAUGUUACCAAUUCCAUAUCCCAACAACAUCGAAGAAAAUUCCUCAAUUCGUUUAUUUCACUUACGAAGGAUCUGUUAAUUCUUCUAUUACUGAAAAACUUAAAGGCCUUUUUCAUGCCGGAAGGUUAAAUGCAAAUGGUUGCCGGAUUAAAAGCACCUUAUUUGUCACAUCGGAAGGAUCUAAUUAUACCGCUAUUAAAGAGCUUUACGACGAAGGAAUGGAAAUCGCAUUACAUGGUUUAAAAAAGAAGAAUCUGGUCGGUAAUCUUUUAAAUAUGGAAAUUGCUCUGCAAAAAUAUUUGCUUAACCGAUAUGCUAAUGUAUCUCAUGACAAAAUAUUUGGCUGGAGAAAUAUUGAUCUUCAAUCGAAAGGAGACGUUCAGUUUGAAAAUUUGCAAAAUAGUAAGAUGCUGUACGAUUCGUCGCUGUUUGUAAUGACAAAUUUAGAGAAUAGGACAGGAAUUUGGCCGUCUACCUUAGACUUUGGUUGGAAGAAAAACUGUUUGCUACAACAGUGUCCUACUAAAAACUUUAAGGGUCUCUGGGAAGUCCCUGCUGUUCCUUAUGUUGGAAUUAAGAAAAGGUAUUUGUGUAAAUUUGUAGACAGUUGCUAUAACAAACCCCAGACUGCGGUGCAAACCUAUGAUCUGCUUCUAAGUAAUUUCAUGGCAUUUUACAAAAGAGAUCGAACGCCUUUUGGUGUUCGCUUGCGAUCGGACUGGUUUUUACCGAACAACGAAGAAAACCUCAAAGGUUUAAACGCUUUCCUAGGACUGGUUGAAGAAUUGUCCGAUGUAUACAUUGUCAGUGUGAAAGGAUUAAUUGACUGGAUGAAAGACCCGGUACUUCCUGAGCACGAUAACCUUACAGCUUCAAAGAUAGGCUGUUGAAAUGUCUCAAUGACCUUCGCACUUGGUAAAAUCCUGUUUAUUUUUGUUUAUGCUUUGGGAGACAGGUGGGAUAUCGAUAUUAUUACUGAUACAUUAUGAAAAUAUUUUGAAAAUAUAUAAACCUAAAUGGAUAAUAUAAAUAUGAUUAAUUUUCAUUUUUCAUCAUGUCACAAGGAGAAAUAUAGUUUUAAAAAUGUAACUAUAAACUGUAUAUUCAAUAUCUUCAAACCAUUAUUAUGAUAACAUACAAUGAUCAUAAUAUUAUCAUAAUAUAUUAUCAUAAUAUAUUAUCAUAAUAUGUAAUCCCUUAUCAUACACGUCAAGAUGAGUUGUUAUUGUCAGUGAUGUUACUAUUAUUUAGAUUAUAAUUUUUCAGGAGUAAUUGAUAAGACACCAGAUGACAAUGAAACAGAUCGAAAUGUUGUGUAGAUAUAAAUAUAUCCUCCUCCUCCUCCUCUUCUUCUUUUAUAUUUUAUUACAACUUUCUGACAUUUAUCAAAAUCGUAAUAAAGUAAGUUGAAACAUUAUUGCGCCUCUUUUAAACGCUUUCAAAACUUUCCCAAAUAUAUUGAAGGAAUAUCAAAAAAGUUAUUAAACAUUGUCAAAUAGUAUCGAAGCGCAACGAAUCAUAACCAAGAUAUUAUAAAAAUGUUAAAAUUAUUACCCCAUCAUUGUCAGUGUAAUAAUUUCAGUAUUUUAUUAAUUCAAAACAUUAUUUAUAAAGCGAAGGAAAUCAUGAGAUUGUGUGAGAUAUUUAGUAACACCGCCCUACGUACGUGUCAUUGACAUAAGGUGAUUAUUUGUAACAUAAUACAAAUUACAUAGCCAAGGCUGUCAAAUCGUCCGAGACGUAUAACAUUUACAUAUAACAUUAUUGGAUUGGGAAAAAAUGACAGUAUUCAAUGCCGUGAGUGUCGUUGAUCUUAAACUGAGAUGUAUAUCAUAACAAUAUCAAAUAUUACUGAAUGUUUUUAGCAUAUUAUUACAACCAGCAUCUCAACCACAUUAUUGAAUAAAUACAAAUUACAUUAUUGAAGAAAAACAUAAUUACAUCAUAAAAACAGCAAUACAAAUAUUGUAAAAUAUUAUUACAACAGAUCUUAGCCAAGUGUAAGCCCUACACCAACGGCAGCGGAAAGUGCAGUCUUUGUGAUAUGGAAAGAUCAGCAACAAGCUCUGAAAGAUGCUGCGUGUGAGUAAAUUUCGGCGUUAAGAAUAUUAUUCAACUACACACAUACUAGCCGACUGAUCUCUCUCUGGGAUUUUCUUGAGGUUCCAUUAUCUUCUGCGUUUUUCUGUUAAAUCGUCGAAUUUUGAAAUGUUCAUCUGUUUAAAGUUCUAGGAGAUUUUUUCAUCCAUGCUUUCCAUACUCGAACAGUCUGGUCCCAGGAACAGGAAACGUACUGUGUACAAAGAAAGGUAAAAGAAAUUUAAGUCUUCUAUAUUGCGGUCAACAGUUUCACUUAUUGAAAGCAAAACAAACAACAAUGUAUCACUACUACUACUACUACUACUACUACUACUACUACUACUACUACUACUACUACUACUACUACUACUGCUUGGCUGAUUUGCAUCAAGUAACAACAUAACAAAAUGCCAAAACAUGUGUACGGUAUUGGAAAAGCAUGCAUAUACACAUACACAUAUAGAUGCACUCGAACACGAGAGCCAUUUUGCCACCGAUUAGUAAAGAAGUCUAAUGUAGCUACUUAGCAAAGUAAUUCAUGCAAAAAUGUCUCUUUUGAAUCAACUUAUCCAAGCAAGCAAGAAAAAUAAAUUCUACAAAAUGUUGAAAGAUACACAAAAAUAUAUUUAAGCAGGUCCUGCUUUGUUAUAUAAUUUAUAUGUUAGAGUAGUUUCCACCUAAUUAUACAAUGUGCAUUUUAUUACACAACUCAUUCAUGAUGUUUGAUAGAGAAUAAAUUGAAUUAUAAAGAGUACCAUA